AUGGCAAAAUCCGAGUGUACUGGCACAAGUCAAUGGUGGAAAAACGUUGACUUUUUGUCACAUAGAAGAAAUCGAACACAUAUUAUACUUGACAACGAGUUCAAAGAAAACUUGAACGAUUACUUUGGAGAGUUAUGUUGGGAUAGAGACUAUGAACAGCCAACGUUGAUGGAGAUAGAUUCAAACACAAUAAAAGCUCCUCAGUUUAGCAUAACCCAGGUCAAGAACGCUUUGUUGAAAAUAAGGAAAACCGCAACAGGCCCUGAUGAAAUCCCAUUUUGGGUAUGGAAAGAAAACGCUGAUGUAUUUGCACCUGUUAUGACCAAGAUUUGGAAUGAAUCUCUCUCUACAUCCACAUGGCCUACCUCUUGGAAAAUUGCUCAUAUAGACCCUCUACCAAAAGUUGAGAAUCCAAAGGAAUAUUGUGAAUUUAGAGGUAUAAACGUCACACCUGUGAUUGGACGAUGCUUCGAAAGAACGGUUUAUCAUUAUCAUAGUAAAAGAUCUUUCGAGGCUGAAUUAUCAUCUUCCCAGUUUGCUUAUCGAAUCGGUGGGUGUAGCACAGACGCCUUAAUUAAAUUACAGUAUAUGUACCUGAAAGCACUAGAAGAACCAAAUUGUGAUGCAGUGAGAUUAAUUGCAAUGGACUUUUCCAAAGCAUUUGACAAU